AUGGAGCUCACUGGAAGAGGGCUGAAAUAUAUGAUGCCAUACUUCUGUCCAAGCAUUCCAUCAAUAGAGAUGAGAACCUCCUGGCUGCUGCUUUAUGUUUCUGCAAUUCUGCUAAACUGCUCCUUCUCCAACUACCUGAGGAAGUUCAGUGCUGAGAAGGACAAGGACCAGCAACACAUGCUAUUCCUUCUGUACUGGCUGAAUAGGUUCAUUCUCCCCAAUCGGUCUUCAGCAGUUCUGCUUGAAUACAAACAUUUGGUAGAAGCAUUGCACAACCAUACGGAUGUAAGGGCUUGGCCCUACAGUUCUGGCCCAUCUUUUCAAGAAUCUGCACACUGCUACUUUGGAGAAUCCUCUGAGCUUGUCUGCUCCCGGCGCAUUCUGGAUGAUCCAGAUUUGGCUGCAGAGGUGCCAAAGCAAUCGAUCAAGGAGUAUCUGAUGUUUUUCAGGCACUGUACUAAGAGGUCUGCAGCUCAGUGGCAGGUGAAGUCUACCAUCCCAACUUCGGUGCAAGGCAACUUGGCUGCCCUCAGUUCAUUCCACUUAAAUCUUAAAGAAGUUGCAAUCGGGGCACUUCUUGGAGAGAUGCAGAUGACCUGGAGGUGCACAAGGAUGCUAGAUUGGAAGGUUAGGUUCCAUGAUCUACCUGCUUCAAGCACUGCACUUGAGGUGCUUUUUAAGGGCUGGGAUGGAUGGACUGUCCACACAGGAGAGGAGACUCACAAAUUUAUGGUGCAGACCAUCAAGGACAUCAAUGCUCAAGUUAUAGAAGAUCCCUCCUUGACACAGAACAUUGGUGGACAGUCUGUCCAGGCCAGAGAAGUAAUUGUCACUUCUGUUAUUGCAACUGGAGAUCUGGAGCUGCCUUCUGGAGAAGGAGAAGAAGAAGAAGAAGAAGAUCGGGCAGAACAGACGGCUGUUGAGGCCACUCCUUCUUCUGCCAGAAGAAAAAGAAAGGAAACUGCUCAGCCUGCAGCUUCAGUUGGGAGUCCCUCUCCUCCUCCUACUAAGUCAAAACAACUUAGAAAGAGGACUAUAGAGGAAUAUGUGGCCGCGGAGGCAACUGCAGCAGUUCCCACCACAACUUCUGGCACAGAUGAAGAGCUGAGAGAGGCUUUUGAAGCUGUGGAGCAGGAGAAGGAGUUAGAGGCUCUAGAAGAGGUUGGAGAAAGACCUCAAGAAGAAACAAAGACAGUAGAAGAAGAAGAAGAAAUUCCUGCUGAAGUGAUUGUAGAGAGCAUCGCUUUGGCUCAGAAGCAGCAAGAGAAGACAAGGUUUGAGGAUCCAGAGGCAGAACACUCUACUACUGCCCCAGCAGCUGAGGAGCAAGUAGGGCAAUCUGCAUCCGAGCCUGUGGAGCAGGCAAAAGUACCUGUUUUAGUUCCAGAAGCUGUAGUGGAAAUGGCUGCAGCUGCUCCUGAAGUGGUGAUGCCUAUUCAUUCUCUUCCACGGGCUGGAUCCGAACUAAGGAGGGGAUACCAGUGUGGUACCUGCCAAAGGAACUCCGAUGCCAAAGUUAGUAACUAA